AUGGAGUCUAUCGCGCGUAACCAGCUCACCGUCGCCCAAGUCCAGCAUCUUGAAGACGCAAAUCAAAAUCCGUUGACGGGAAAGUCGUGGCCCCAAGACCACGAGGGUAUUCUCCAAGGCCGUCGCCGUUUGCCGGUCUACGGACGAUACCAGGAGAUCCUCGACAAUUAUCACCAAUCUCAGGUGAUGAUUCUCUCGAGCGAGACUGGCUCAGGCAAGUCAACUCAGGUUCCCCAGCUGCUAGUCUACGACGAGUAUGAAAGUGGCCUCCAAAUCGCCUGCACCCAGCCGCGACGCCUGGCCGCAACAGAGCUUGCCAGCCGCGUUGCUGAAGAAAUGGGAGUUAAUCUAGGCGAAGAAGUUGGCUACAAGAUCGGGGGCGACCACAACGUCAACCAAAACAAGAAGAAAACCCGACUUGCCUAUAUGACUGAGGGCGUCCUUCUUCGACAAUUGAGAUCUGACAAGCUCUUGUCCGCGUACGCAUGUGUCAUUAUUGACGAAGCUCACGAGCGAACCGUCGAUCUUGACCUUUUGUUGGCGCUGCUGAAGAAAGUCAUAAGCCGUCGUAAAGAUUUCAAGGUGGUGAUAAUGUCGGCAACGAUGGAUACAAAGCUGUUUCAAGAGUACUUCGACAAUUGCCCGUUAGUCCAUUUCCCUGGUCUCAAAUUUGAAGUCAAGACAUUCUAUACGGCACCUGAAGAAACCGGACCGGACUUCGUCACUCUUGCUGCCGCCACCGUGGUUCAUAUACAUAAGAAUCAAGAACCUGGCGACAUCUUAGUGUUUCUUCCUGGAGAAAAUGAGAUUGAAAAAGUAUGUAGCAUGGUCCGUCGCAACGCCAAAGACCUUGACGUCUUUCCUCUGUACUCGUCGCUGCCAAGCGGGGAUCAGCGCCUGGCCUUAGACUCAUCAGGUCCAAAUCGCAAAUGCGUCGUGUCAACCAAUAUUGCAGAGACCAGUCUAACCAUCGCGAACGUCGUCUACGUCAUUGACACCGGAUUAUCAAGACAGUUAGUCUACAACCCUCGUCUGCGCCUCAAUAUGCUCGAGGUACGACUAAUCUCUCAGGCAUCAGCAAAGCAGCGUAUGGGCCGAGCAGGCCGAACGAAAAACGGCGUCUGUUACCGACUCUACAGUAAAGCGGUCUACGAUAGCAUGGCUCCGUCUACUGAGCCUGGUAUUCACUGCGCGUCCAUCGACUCCGUAGUUCUGAACCUAGUAGCUUCGGGCUACAGAAAGCUCAUCGACUUUGAUUGGCUAGAUGCUCCUCAUCCUGAGUCACUCGCACGUGCCGCCCAGCAUCUUCAAGAUUGGGAAUUAUUGAAAGAUGAUGGCUCUCUCACUCGGUCAGGUCGCCUCGCCAGUAAAUGCCCGCUGGACCCGAUUUGGUAUCGAGCCAUUGAAAUUGGGGCGAAGUUUGGAUGCUCUCUGGAUAUACUCGAUAUCGCGCUGCUGUGUAGCUCUCAGAAAUCUAUCUUCAUACGUCCAGCUGGAUACCGGCAGGCAGCAGAUUUAGCCAGGACAGCCUUUGCUGACCCGCUGUCGGACCACCUCACGCUCGCAAAUGCCUUUAACACAUAUAUGCGUGUACGCCAGUUAAACGACCAGAAAAAUCGUCCCAAAAUAGACCUUGAAAGGUGGUGUACCAGGCACUUCUUGAAUAUGCGGGCUCUGGAGGAGAUCGACAUAAAACGAGGGGAGAUGGGAGCGUCCUUAGAGGAUACUUGCAAGAUCACUCCAGGCCGAACAUCUAUCACAGACACGACGAGUGUUCGGAAAGUUUUAGCGAUCGCUUUCUGCACUCACACUGCUAUCUACCGUUCUGGCGAUACAUAUAGAACUGUUCACGAGAAUACUCCUGCCCUUUUGUCACCUCACAGCUCUCUGGUGGGCGGUAAUUAUGAGUGGAUUGUAUAUACAGCUUUUCAAACCUCGGGAAGGAGGCAGUAUUUAGAGACAGCCACGGCAAUCAACGCAGAAUGGCUGGUGGAUCUGCCAUUCUUCCAGGACUCCCGACUACCGACAACUGGAGACAGAUUAUUGAGACAAGAAAACGUCAAGCGAUCCCUCGACCGUGCCAGAGCCAGAAUUUAA